GCAACAUUAACCCUCAUAAGUAUUAUUAAUUAUACGGAGACGUGUCUCUGGCCAUAAGAAAUUCUCGAUUAAAUUCAUUGUGUUGCCCAUCACUAGUAAGUUGUUAAAACCAUGUAAAUUUUGACGUAGCUGUAUUUACCUAUUUUUAAAACGACCUUUCUCAGCACCCCGCCAGUCCCCACACACAAUUUGGCGCCUGUGUUUUCUUAAAGGAAAGGAACUUCUUGUAGGAAAGCUUUGUCUAUAAGAUUAAAUUUAAUUUUAUUUUUAUGGGAAAUCUAUUUUUGUUAAUGUUAUGUCCGAAGAAAAAUAACAUAAUGAUAUGUCAUUGUCAAAGUCAGACUAGACAGUCGGAUGGAAAGGAUGGUUUUGGUUGGCGAACGAUGGAGCCACGAAAUAAAAAAAAAAAACUACCUAUCUUUUAAAUAGGUAGGUAGGUACUAGGUAGAAAUUAUGCUCUGUGGGAAAGUAUACGGAGUUUGAAGAGAAAAAAGUUUUCGUAGGAUUGGUACAUAUUUAAGUUUUGCAACAAUAAUAAUAGGUACUAGGUUAAUAUGUUUGCUGUAAAAUUAAAACCAUUGUACCAUUUAUGCGACAAAGUGAUCAUCCGCAACCUACGGUCUUCGAGGUUAGGAAACACUGGGAACCCUGGUUUGAACAAAAGGUUAAGGGCUUUCAAACAAGAGGGACUUCGAAUAGAAGAUGAUGAUACUGAAGAAUUUAUUGAACAGUCUGAGGCUGAUUUCUAUAAUAUUGGCGAAGCUUACAAUGAGCAUAUGAAUGAAACAUUGAUGGGAAAAUAUGAAUUACGCCACAGAAUAAUCAAAGAGAAGUACUUCAAAGAAAACAUGCCGAACCUCCUGACAUGGAGUGAGAAGGAACAGAUCCGGCACUUGGCAAACACGCAACCUGAUGAGUGGACACCAGAAAGGAUAGCAGAGAGCUUCCCUGUUACUGUUCCUGUCGUGAAGAAAUUACUGAAAUAUCCUUGGAAACCAGCCACUGAACAACGUAUUGCCAGACAUGACACCUCUGUAAUGAGAAAUUGGAAAGAAUUAAAGGAAGGCACAUUCACUAUACCUGAAGAUUUAAGACAACACUUCUUGAAGUUUUCCAAUAGAGUAAUACCACCUUUGAACAAGAAGUCUAUUAAAAUAGAGGUAAAACAAAAUGAAGACCUUGGAGAGUUCGAGAGCAUAGUAAGAAGAUGUGCAGCCCAGGAAAAAUAUACACAAAAUAAUAAUUCUGAUGAAAUUAAACAAAUUGGUAAUGAAGAUAGUAAUGAAAACCAUAAAACUGACAAAGCUUUUCUGAAAAAAGACUUCAAAAGAGUAACUUUAGAUGAGUUAACAGAAAGAAUUAAAAAACGAAUUGAAAAAGGCAAUAAUGUUGACAUGCCAGAUAAAAUAAUUUUAGACACUGUAAAGACAAAUGUACCAAAUUCAUAUGCUGCAAAUUUUAAUAAAGAAAUAGAUUUCUCCACUGAAGAUUCCUUUCAUAAUAAAGUUAGUGAAUAUAAAGAAAAGAAAGAAAAUCCAUCAGCUAUAAUGGAUUAUCCUGAAAGGAUAAGAAUUCCAAAGAAAGCUUAUAAAAAAGGUGCAACUUACAAAGUUAAUGAUUGUUUCUAUGAUCAUGAUGGCAAGUUUUUGUAUAGAGUUUUAGGAAUGUAAGUUUAUGUAGUAGGUAGUUUAUUUAAAUAAAAACAAUAAAUAAUGAAGCCUUA